AUGACUAAUGUUAAUAAUAAUAUGAACAAUUCAGGCAAUAAUUCAACACCUACGAAUGAGGUGUUAUGGGAAUCUUUAUAUAAGGAUUUUAACGAAAUAACAGAUAGGAAUAAGAAACAUUUGAAUUAUAUAGAGAAUAGUUUAUUUAAUUUUUGUAAGGGUGUUAGUUCAAAUGAAGAGUUAUCUUACGAUUUAUCAAAUCGUAGAAUGACUGAUAUAUCUCAUUUAAGAAAAAAUAAUAUAGGUAUUAAAGUAAAUGUAAAUAAUUUAAUAGGCCAUAAAAGUAGGAUAAUAAAUGAUAUAAAUGAAAAUAAUACUGUAAUUAAUAAUGAUAAAGAUAAUAAAGAGGAAUUGAAUAAUGUCAUGCUAAAAAAUAAUGUGAAUAAUAUUAUAAAUGAUGAAUAUGAAAAAGGAAGUAAUAUUGUUUUAAAAGAUGAAGAUGUGGAAUAUAUAAAAAAUGAUACCUAUAUAAGUUGCACAGAUAUUAUGAAUAGUGAAAAAACAAGAAAUUCUGAUAAUUUUAAUAAUUCUUAUAUAAGUUCAUCUGCAAAUAAUAAUGUUGUCUCAAAAUCGGGUAGUUUUAAAAUCGACUCACCAAAUAAUAAUACAAAUAUGAAAGAUACAACUGACACAAAUAAUCAUAAUAAUAAUAAUAAUAAUAAUAAUAAUAAUAACAAUAAUAAUAACAAUAAUGACAAUAAUAAUAAUAUUAGUUGUAAUGAGGAAAAAAAUAAUUAUUUCUCAUAUAAUAAUAUUAAUAAAGACGUAUUAAGAAGAUCGAGUCUUUUCAAUUUAAAGAGCAAAUCAUGCCACAAUUUUUCUUUACCAGAUGAUGGAUUAUAUAACUAUCACAAUAAUAAUAACAAAAGUAAUAGUAAUUAUUAUAUAUCUAACGAUUUUUCAAAGAAUAGAUUACGAUUAGAUAAAAAAAAUGACGAUCAUACAUAUCUAUUAAGUAAUAAAAAAAUUUAUGAUACCUACAAAGAAAGAAAAAGUGAUAAGAAAUUUCUUACGUUUAAUACUUUUGAUAAUAAAUCAGAAGGAAGUGUUAUAUUUCAUAUGGAAAAAUAUAGAAAUUUUACAUUGCCCUCAGAAGAAAAAAUAAAAACUUAUAAUUUUUUAAAAAAACGUAAUAGCACAUUUGAUUCAUUAGAAAAAUUGGAUAUGUUAUUAAAAAGUAAAUAUAAAAGUAUCAAUAGUAAAUAUAACAAUAAUAAUAAUUUAGAAAGUGAGAAUCAUAUUGAACAUGAUUCUGUGUCCCUUUCAUAUUCAUGUCCUAAAGAAAAUAUUAAAAAAAAUCAUUUAAUUAAAUCUUUCCUAAGCUCUGAUCAUAAUUAUAAAAUAGAUUCUGUCAUGUCAGAAAUUUAUAAUAGGAAUAAAGAAAUUGACAAGAGCGAUGAAUCUCCUCUAUCUGAGCAAAAUGCACAAAUUGAUAAUCACAAUGUAUUAAUAAAUAGAUCAAAAAAAUUAAUAGAAAUUAGUAAACAAUGUUUAAGUGCUUAUUCAGAUAUAGCUUCUGAUAAUAUGAAUGAUUUAUAUAUAAACAAAAAAUCUGACCAUAUAAAUAAUAUAAAUAAUAUAAAUAAUAUUUAUGAUAGUGUACGUGACAGUUUUAAAAGAGAAGAAAGUGUCUCAAAAUCACCAUUAUUUUCUGAUAAAAAUAAACAAAUAGAAACUAAUGAAAUGUCAAACAAUGAUCAUAAUAAUAAAAACAAUUUUGAUCAUUUGUUAAAUAAUUUGAAAAACAUGAGUAAUUCUAACGGUUACGAUUAUAGUAAUCAUAUGGAUAAUAUAAAUUAUAGUUAUGACACUGAAGAAGAUGAGGUUGAAGAGCAUAAUGAUAAUGGUCAUGGAAAUAAAGAAAAAAAAAGAGAUCAUGAUAUAAAUAAUGAUAAUAUUAAGCAAAAUGUAUGUAAUUUAAACGUGGAAAACUUAACAAUUCAAAAUAAUAACAGCAAUAAUAAUAAUAAUAAUAAUAUUUCAAAAUUUAAAGAAGAGAAUAUGGAAAAAAAUGGGAAAAAAGUAAAUUCAAUUUUUGAGGCAUAUGAUAAAAAUAAUAUAACACAAGGGAAAGAAACUGCCUUUAAAUACAACAGCAUAUAUAUGAGUAAUACGCAAGGAGGAGAUAAUAGUAAUAUACAUGGUGUUGUUAAUAGUAGUCAUGAAAAAAAAGAAAUAAAAAUAAAAGAUGUGUUGUAUUCUUUAUCAAAAGAGGAGGAAGACAUGUUAAUUAAUAUUGACAAGAAUAAUCCUUUGUUAGACGAUAAUAAGAAAAAAGAGGAGAGAUGUGUUGCAAAUGGAGGAGCAGGAGGAGUGCAUACGAAUAUGUCUACAAAAGAGGAACAUCAUAAUAAUAAUACCAUUGAUGAGCAUAAUAUAGAUGAUGAUAAUUACAUAUAUGAAAAAUUGAAAAACAGGAAACACCUUAGAGAAAAAGAUAUUGCCAAUAUUUCUGUUGAAUAUGGUGAUUAUGUUGGCGAUGUUAAUGUUGAUGAAAAAGAAAGUAUAUCGUUGGAUGGAACGAGUAGCAGUGCACGUAAAAUAAUAAUGCAUCCCGAUUUUGUUGAGAAAUAUCUUCAAAAUAAAAAAAGUCAUAGUGUCAUGGGAUAUCGAGAAGAAAUAAAAAUUAGUGACGAGCAGAAAAAAGCGCUAGACAAAAGUGUUAAUGUUAUAAAUUAUUCAAACGAUGUAAAACGUUUAUUUCGAGAGAAAUAUUUUUUACAAGAUUUAUGUGAAAAAAGAAAAGUUAUGGUUCAAAAAAGUAAAAUUGAAAAUACCAAAUUAAAUAUAGAAAUUAAAUCACUUUUAAGUUUUAACAAUAACUUAAGUUAUGCAUUAAAAGAAAAAGAUGCUGAAAUAAAAAUUUUGAAAAAACAAAAAGAAGAAUUAGAAAUAAAUUUAAUGAAACGAGUUAAUAAUAAUACAAAUAAUAAUCAUUCGAAUCCAUAUUCUUUCUUAAAUAAUUCUACUCACUUAAGUUUAUAUAAUGAUGACAAAAGAAAUAGUAUUGAUAAUAAUUGUAAUGUGUUAUGUAAUAAAAGCACAUCCUCAUCAAUUAUUUUAAAUAACAUGAAUGAUACAAAUGAAAAUAUUAUACAAAAUUAUGAAAAAAAAAUACAAGAAUUGAAAGUGCAGCUAAAAAUGUAUCAAACCCAAAAUAAUGACUUGCAAGAACAAUUGAAAAUUUUUAUGAACGAGUAA